UGGAUUUCGACAUAUAAGGCAUAGGUGAGGAGGAUGAUUAAAAUACUAAUUACUUUCCCCCCACCGCUCUCCUUUCAUCACUCAUGCGACCGGCUCUCCUUCGAUUACUGAGGAGACCAUCAGCUCUCUCGGUUCUCGACUCUCUGAUAUCGGCGCCCAUUGGAAUUGAGCAGCUAGAAUCCAGAUAUCAAUGCGAGUGUGUACGACGCUACAGACAAGCCUCGCGACAAGACCGAAGUGCACAGCCGGUGGAAUCAGAACAACCAGCUAGUGCUGAUUUUGGUUCACGACCUGCGCGACCACCGCUUAGUUUUCGUGUAUAUGAGAUACAAGCGCCACAGACACGAUCGAAAAACAACGGACAAACAAAGGAUGCAUCCACUGGUGUACAAGCUACUAGCUCACCACGGGACUUAUUAUUACAGCCGGAAAAACUUGAGUUCGAGUCGGAUAUAGGACACACUAAUGACAUAGGGUCUCGUCUGGUUGAUGACCCGAACCGGCGGCACGACUUCGCGCUCUGGGAGGAUUUGCUCCGCUAUCGACAACGGCAUUAUGGAGACAGAGGCACAUUGGAUAUCUGGGAGGGCUUGAUGACCCGGGUGGAAGGAGUACAACUUCCUGUUUCUGGGGACGCAGCGAACUUUUUCUGGCAAAGCUUUGUGGAUUUGGGUUUGAAACAGGAGGUUAUACUGAAGGAGCUGGCGGAUUAUGCUUUUGAGUUAUGGGUCAAAACAGGAAAACGAUGGGACAGGUUCUACGAAAGUAUCGUUGGGGGGUACCUCGAACGUGGCUUGGCGCAGCAAGCAGUGGAAUGGCACAAACGGCUUCGAGAUCCUCAUUUGUCCUGUCCGAACGAUAUCCUGAGUGUCCUUAGAGCGGCUAUAAAUUCCUCCAACAGAUCCAACCUUGCAUCUACCAUCGCCUGGAAGCGCCAACGUCAUUCGAUUCCGGCGGGGUUAAGGGCCUUCGAGAAGAUAUGCCGUGCUACACACGGCCACAAAAUUUACGGCCAAGCCAUAUCGACGGUGCUACAGAGUGAUUACAUCGAUCAUGCCCCCCGAAUACAUAAACUCCUUGUCGAGCGAGGUGACCACCCGCAGUCAUACGAGGAGAUUCAGCCACUCAUCGGACACAUAAAUGAGUAUGGAUCUCCUCGGUUUAUUCAGAAGCUCCAUCGCUAUGCUAGCAUUCGGUUCCCCGACCAAGUCGAAGCGAUCAGCGAGGACGAAACUAGCCCAAGAGAUGAGGUGGCAGGGCAGCCAGAGGAUCAACACUCAGAACCUCGUGGGAAAGCCUGGCUAGAGGAGAAGCCUUUCAAGGACGACUUCGGUGCCAGACUGUUCGCCACAAAAGCUCUUAGGUUUGAAAUGAUCCUCUCUGGAUUACGAAUGUUCGGCGUGACGACUAUUGGGCCUCAAUCACUACGCGAGAUGGCUAUCCGAGCGCAUGGUUGUCAGGAUAUAGCUGAUAAGCUUCAGGAGCUUCAGAAAGCAGGUAUAUCAGUAGGCGACAGCGUAUUUGUACGCCUCCUCCGCAAGUUAGCGACGGAAAACCGUGAUAUCCUCCUGUCCGAUCUGCUUCACAGUGAUCAGCAUCCAGAUGUCUUAGAGGAUGCUCAGCUGCAAGAGUCGUUGUUAUUAUCGUACUAUGUCGCCCGCGACUGGCGUCCGUACAACCUAACUCUAGCCAUUCUCAGCCAGAUAUUCGAAGACAAAUCGGAUCUUGCCAACGUACAUUUUCGGAAAUUUUUGGCGGCCGGGGAGUGGAAGAUGGCGAUUCAAGUUGUUGACAACAUGGCCCUACGCGGCGCGACGCUGUCUCAAGAGAGCAUUGACUUCAUCGCCGAACGUGUUCUCAUUCCACGCGCACCGGGAAAACCACCUAGGCGCGACGAUAUUCCUGCUACGAAAGAGAUAAAAUUUGUUUCUCACACUCUACGCCAUGGCACCUCUAACGGCGACCUGGCGGUUACGGAGCUCUGGGUUGAGGUGCUGAAGCGCCUAGGGAUGCUCAACCUUUGGGACGAACUCCGAAAAUGCUGUUUAUGGCUAGCCCAUCAAUAUUCUUCUAGCUCCAACACUACUCGGUCCAUUGUCUCAUAUCCAAAGAAAUCUCAACGCGAGACAGGCGCUCUGCCCCAGCAGCACGGGGACCCCUUACUCUGCAAGAUAUUCAGUCGAAACAUGCAGGCUGCUAUCGUCGCGUGGGGCUUUAGGAUGCGGGUUUCUCAACAGCGGAAGUGGAUGGUCACGCAGGGGGAACCAUAUGAGAGCCUGAUCCCCUGGGUACGCGGUCUAGUACUUCUCCGUGAGCUUGAAAAGAAUGGGGUUCACCUCUCGGUGGCAUGGAUUCGCCGGGCUUGCCGACAUCGCUUGGCAGUACUCUACGGGCGGCAGGGGUUGGUCAAUCGUCGUAUGAACCGCAUGUUGCGGCACGAAAAUCCCUACAGUGUGGUGCGAGUCCUCGAAGAUAUCAAUCUUGCGUGGGGAGAGCCGUCCUUAUUUGGGGACCGAGAGGUUCGCGAUACUAAGGGGUUGGUAAACCCUCCCAACCGGACGAGGCGGAGAAGGAUCAAGAAGAUGAGGUCAGCUUACCUACAGGGAGCGGGUUAUUCUCGUAUGAGAGAUUUGUAUAAUAGUACUAGUAGUAGUGCCAAACGGGACUAGCAUGUAUGAGAU